AUGUCAAGAAGAGGCUUACGAGAUGAAGAAAUCGAACGAUUAUUGUGUGAAAUUCCAUCAGACGAGGAUUCCACUGUUGACACCACAGAUGACGAAUCUGAUUAUGAAGCAAGCAUUGUUGCGGAGGCUAUUGUGUCGUCUGAAGGCGAAGUUUCAGAGAGCGAGGAAGAAAGUGAGUCCACUCCGCCAAAACGCGCUGCUGACACAGCGCCAACUUGGGGACAACAAUUCAAUGCUACCUCAGGAAUGCAGUUCGACAGUGAAUCAGGACCAAGUGCUUUUAUUAGGGACAUUGAUGAUCCAGAACCUAUCGAUAUAUUCGAAAAAAUAUUUCCAAAAGAGCUAGUUGAGCUAAUCGUUUUCCAAACAAAUUUAUAUGCGACGCAAUCUGGCAAGUCUUUCACUCCAACAACUGACAAUGAAAUACGAACUUUCCUGGGAAUCAACAUUUUGAUGGGUAUAAAGCGUAUGCCAGCAUACAGAGACUACUGGUCUAGUGCCCCAGAACUUCAUGAUCGUUAUAUUGCAUCUCUGAUGGCAGUAAAUCGGUUUGGAUGGUUACUGAGGAACAUUCAUCUGAAUGAUAACACAUUGCAUCCAGAAAAAGGACACCCAGGUUAUGACAAACUGUACAAGCUGCGACCAGUGAUCAAGAUACUAUCUGAAUCUUUUUCCAAGUGUUACCAACCCAGCAAACACCUAGCAAUUGAUGAGUCAAUGAUCAAAUUCAAAGGCCGCAACAGUAUGAAACAAUACAUGAGAGAUAAACCCAUAAAGCGUGGUUACAAAGUGUGGAUGCUGUGUGACAAGACCUCUUACAACUUGAAAUUUGAUAUUUACACCGGAAAACUUCUGCCUGCAUCGAUAGCAUGGGCCUCGCAAGCUGUGUGCUCAGCUGCUGAAGCUGCCUUCGACUCCGGCUGGCCAAAGAUUCUGCUCGUAGCUGGCGGGCUGGUGGCGUCAGCGGCCCGUUCCCCAACCAGCCAGGGGUAG